AUGGGAGCUAAGGAUUCAAUCAAGAAGCAUAAAAGAUCGAAAAAAGCCGAGAAGGAGGAAGUUGACUUCGAGAUUGUGAGUUCAAAGCUUGCACAAAGAGACGAAAACUUAGCUAAUGGGAAAGGUACUCUGAGCACCAGUCAUAACAGGAAAAAGAAGAAGACAUCUUUGGUGGAUAAGUCCAGCAAUGUUGAUAUCGCUUAUGAAACACACAGAAUCAGUGGUGGAAUCAGAAAGAAUAAAAAGUGGAAAAAUAGCAAACUGAAAAAUGGCAAGAUAACUGUAGUAAAUACCCCGGUUAGUAACGAAGUUGAAAGCAAGGAUGCUGAAAGCCAACAUAAAGUAGAUAAAUUGCAGAAAGCAAAGAAGAAAAAAAGAAAAAAUGACCGAAGUAUCAAGAAGGUUGGCGAAUAUACGGAGAAGGAUGAUGCUUCUGAACAAACAAAUGGUGAGUCCAAAAACCCUGGAAAAACAAAAAAGAAGAAUCAGAGAGUGAGAGGUGAAUCAGCCUCGGAUAAUUUGUUGGAAACUAGAGGACAAGAUGAUCAUGAUGAAGUUUAUCAAAUGUCCUCGGGUGACGAAGAUUGCUCAAAAGGAAUGAAAAAGUGGAUCACUCAAUACCAUCAGAGUAGACCUGGGAUCAAGGUGCUGCAGGAAAGGAUUGAUAACUUCAUAAUGGACCAUGAAGCUGAGGAGGAAAAGGCAAGAGUGGAGAGAGAAGCUCAGGCAGCAGAAGGUGGCUGGACGGUUGUUGUGCAUCACAAAGGCCGGAAAAAGACGACCGAUGCUGAAAGUGGAGUUGCUGUGGGUUCUGUUGCCCAAGCUGCCGUUGUGGACAAGGCAGCGAAGAAGAAAACCAAAGAAGUAGGUAUAGAUUUCUAUCGAUUUCAGAAAAGGGAAGCUCACAGAAAUGAGAUCAUGAUGCUGCAAAGCAAAUUCGAACAGGAUAAAAAACGGAUACAACAAAUGAGAGCUGCUAGGAAAUUUCGUCCCUAUUAA